AUGUCAUCGGACCCGAACGACUUCGACAUCGAUGACUCGGUCCAGUCCACUCCUUCACCAAACGCCAGCCAACCCACCCAGACCACGCCGGCGACCUCGAGUUCUUCCACACAAGGUCCCAGCUCGGCCCCGCGCCGUCCACCUCGAAAGAGCACCCUGACGCAACAACAGAGGAACCAGAAGAGACAGCGGGCGACGCAAGAUCAGCUGGUGACGCUGGAAAUGGAGUUCAACAAGAACCCCACUCCCACUGCUGCCACCCGGGAACGUAUCGCGCAGGAGAUCAAUAUGACCGAACGGUCCGUCCAGAUCUGGUUCCAAAACAGCCGUCGCCGAGCUAAGAUCAAGAUGAUUGCGAAGAAAAGCCUGGAGACAGGCGAGGAUUUGGACAACAUCCCCGAAACCCUGAGGCAGCUGCUGGCCAUGCAGGCCAUGGAAUCUGGCAGACCAUUUCCCCAUCAAUUACUUCGUCCUGGUGGCCCCGUGGCACAGUACGGAAGCGGCGGCAUGCUCAUGAACGGGGAUCCGACCGCCCAGGGCAAAGUCGUCAUUCACCACUUCACCUGCCGAUCAUUGAGCAUUGGUUCCUGGCGACGCGUAGGCCAGAAUGCCAUGGAUCUGGUCAUCUUCUAUUCCCCUGACAAGGCGUGUAUCACCUACUACAUCAACAAUGAUUCUGCAGGCUACAAGAUCGAAUUUCCCUUUGCCUUUAUCAAGAGUAUCCAGUUGGAGCCCGGCGACACGAACCCGACGGCAACGGGAGCUCCACCGCGUCCUGGCGGGCUUGUCAUUGAGCUGACCAGACCGCCAAAUUUCUUUAUGGACUCUUCAAACUCUGGUGGCUUCUACCAAUGCGGCGACUUCACGGAAGAUCAACAAGCCUCUCAAAUCUUGGUACACCAUCUCGGCGGCCACCCCAAGGUGCUGAGCGGUCAGCUUGCGAAACUUGUCUCCCUCGACUCGUUCCAGAACCGAAUGAACCCGUUCGACAUCCACGCGAUGCCUGCCUCAGCACCCGUGUCGCCGACCAUGGGCAUUGUUCGUCCCGCGUCUCAACCCAACGCUCAGUUCGCCAGGCCUCAUCCCCCACACGUGGGCAUGUUCCAGGAACAAUUUGGCGUCAACCACCAUCUUCACCCCGGCCGGAUGCAUCCUGGUCACAAGCGACAGAGAAGUCGAUCUGUCCCGAUUGCGAUUGACUUCUCAAUGCUCCACGGGCCCAUGCCGACUUUCCAUAUCCAGCAGCCAUCCCCUCAACUCGCCCCCGACCACCACAACCUCUAUCAGCCCAUGCCACAGCACCCGGUACAGAAUCCCCUGGGACCAAGCUUGCAAAUAGACACCUCGGCUGGGUAUGGCAUGGACUUCCGUCAGAUGCCCAUGUCGGCUACAGCCACGUCGCCCUCGGAAUUCGCGAGCCCAGGAUUCUUUCCCUCCAAUCCGGCUCAGCCUCCGAUGCCAGCCUCGGAAUUUGGCACUCCACAGCCCUUCAACGGACCGUUCCUGUCCCCAUCUCCGAUGGUUGAUCCCAACAUGAUUCCCACAUCAAUGUCUCCGAUGCCGCACAUGGGCCAUGCCGAUCCUAUCAUCGCCGAUCAGUCUCCCCCUCUCUCAGCACUGCAUAGAAGCGCGUCAGCCGAUAUGUUCAGUCAUCAUGGGAUGAUGGACGAGACCCUGAUGCUAGGCGAGAUGUACUCGAAACAAAAUCUCAACAUACCCAUGCCUAGUCCCGGUAUAGACGAGAACGGUAUGCUGAUGAUGCACGACAUGUCUGAGUUCCACAACGCUCGAGAACACAUGGACAUGCCGAUGACACCGUUCGGCACCGUGGAUCCUCAUGCCCUGCAAGCUGGCCUACAUCACUAA